ACUGAAUUUGAUCGGUGGCAAUCAGACGUGUAUUCACACAGAGCGCAAAAAUCAGAGAAAAUCACUAUGAAAAGAGAGCGAUCAUCCGAAAGAAAGAGCUACAGCUCGUCAAAGAGGCGCUGCAUCGAUGCCUCGUCUAAUCGUGAGAACGAGAGUCAGUGGUACGAUGUGUUGCUGGAACUCCACAUCAAAUCUAGUUACAAACUGACAAGUGCAAUCAAUAAGUCGGAAGAUCGCAGGGAAUUGCCUACAGUCCCGCAACCCACCCACACAAUUGAGUGGCUGGCUCGCACCAGUUUCAGACAUCACCCCAUUAAUGUUCCGCAACAAAGAAAGCACAAGGUUGCUAAAAGACAAGUGCAGCAUUCUCAACUUGACACCUCCUUCCUUGUCCAUUAAAGAAGGAACUC